GGUCAAACUAUGACACCCCAUUUUGACAUUGUAUAUAAACAUGAAUCAUAAAUAUUAUUAUUUAUACUUUAUAAUGGAAUGAAUCUAAAAAGGAUUAUUUUAUUGGGGUUAUCAGUAUUUAUUCAUUUUUUAUUCUCUAUUAUAUUAACAAAACUCCAACAAGGCAAUUUUAGGAAGUGAUUACUGGUCAACCUGUAUAUUGCGCACGGAUUUUGGCGGGAGUGCUUCUUUCUUUGUUAUAAAUUUCAUUUUGUAGGUUAGAUUGCCGUUUUCAUAAUUGAGUGAAACAAGAACUUGAUAAAGGAUUAGUGAAAUAGCUUGUGUAAAAAUAGUAGUGAAAAAUAUUAACUUUAUCCUCAACUCAACACUUAUUCUGAAUCUAUAUAUUUUCUGGUGCCAAUAUUGAAGAAUACUAAUAAUAAUGGAUGACGAACUUGAUCAGAAAUUGAGGGAAUACCAGAACGAGUACCUACAGUUUCUGGAUGAUGAAGAAGACCAAGGAAUAUAUCACAAAAAAGUGAAGCAGAUGAUUGAGAACAAUAGAAUCCGACUGACAGUGAAUGUGAAUGAUCUGAGGAAAAAGAAUCCUCAACGCGCUAACAACUUACUGAACAAUACAUUUGAAGAACAACUAGCUUUUCAAAGAGCACUGAAAGACUAUAUUGGAAGUGUUGAUCCUGAUUAUGCAUCCAGCAAUGAAGAAUUCUUUUUCGCUUUUGAGGGGAGCUUCGGAAAUAAACAUGUGACGCCACGUACACUUGUGUCCAGAUAUCUGGGCAACCUUGUCUGUGUUGAAGGAAUUGUCACAAAAUGUUCUCUGAUAAGGCCCAAGAUUGUUCGCAGUGUUCAUUACUGCCCUGCAACGAAAAAAAUCAUGGAAAGGCGUUACACAGAUCUGACUUCAUUGGAAGCGUAUCCGAGUAGUGCAGUCUAUCCCACGAAGGAUGACGAUGGAAACAUGUUGGAGACAGAGUAUGGUCUGUCCUCUUACAAGGAUCAUCAAACCAUAUCUAUUCAAGAGAUGCCCGAGAAAGCUCCAGCAGGACAAUUGCCAAGAUCUGUCGAUAUAGUUGUUGAUAACGACCUUGUCGAUUUAUGCAAACCUGGUGAUCGUGUUCAAAUUGUUGGAAAUUAUCGGUGUCUCCCAGGAAAGCAAGGAAGUUUUACAACUGGUGCCUUCAGGACGGUGCUGAUUGCUAACAACGUGUCGCAGAUGAGCAAAGACGCGAGCAUAUUUGUGACAAGGGAUGACCUGAAGAAAUGUCGCGCAUUGUCAAGGCAGCCAAACAUCUUUGAGCGACUGUCGCGCUCUCUGGCGCCCUCCAUUCAAGGCCACGAGUACAUCAAGAAGGCCAUCCUUUGCCUGCUGUUGGGUGGUGUCGAAAAAGUGCUUCCAAACGGUACAAGACUCAGAGGGGACAUCAACGUGCUGCUGAUUGGGGACCCGAGCGUGGCCAAGUCGCAACUGCUGCGUUACGUGUUGUGCACUGCGGUGCGGGCGGUCACCACGACGGGGCGGGGCAGCAGCGGUGUCGGACUCACGGCCGCCGUCACCACCGACCAGGAGACUGGCGAACGCAGACUGGAGGCAGGUGCUAUGGUGCUGGCCGACAGAGGUGUGGUGUGCAUCGACGAGUUCGACAAGAUGUCGGACUUGGACAGGACGGCCAUCCACGAGGUGAUGGAGCAGGGGAGGGUCACCAUCGCCAAGGCCGGCAUUCAGGCGCGGCUCAACGCCAGGUGCUCUGUGCUGGCUGCUGCCAACCCGGUCUACGGAAAGUAUGACCAAUACAAAGCACCCAUGGAAAAUAUUGGCUUGCAAGAUUCGUUGUUAUCACGUUUCGAUCUGCUAUUUGUGAUGCUUGAUCUUGUCGAUAAGGACAAUGAUAAGAUUAUUUCUGACCAUGUGGUGCGAAUGCAUCGAUUCAGAAAUCCAAGGGAACAAGAUGGCGAAGUCCUCCCCAUGGGCUCAGAUGUUGAUGUUCUUAGUACACUUCAUGCAGAUAAAACUGCAGAAGAACUAGAAACGAGAAUUUUUGAAAAGUAUGACCCAUUGCUCCAUGGCGCAUCACGGAAAAAGACGGAUCGUAUAUUUAGUAUGCAGUUUAUGAGAAAGUACAUAAACAUAGCAAAGGUUUUGAAGCCAGUGCUAACAGAAGAAGCAUCCGAAGUGAUUUCAGAAGAAUACUCGCGUCUGCGGUCACUUGAUUUAUUGGAAACUGAUGUAGCCAGAACUCAGCCAGUGACAGUGCGUACCCUUGAAACGCUGAUUCGGUUGUCGACUGCUCACGCCAAGGCUCGCUUGUCGAGAACGGUUGAGAAGGAGGAUGCCGAUGUUGCCAUUCAACUCAUUCAGUUCGCCUACUUCAAAAGGGUGUUGGAGAAAGAGAAACGCAAGAGGAGGAGAGCAGAUGACAGUGAUGAGGAGGAGGAUGGUAAUGAAGAAGAAAUGCAAGAGGAUGAAGAUGAAGAAGCUGAAGAGUCGAGCCAGCGUGCCAAACGCUCCAGAACCUCUAGAUCACAGGAGGCUGAAGCAUCGACCGCCGAGCAAGGAGACGAAGUAUUUGAAAUAGACUCGGGUUCAGCGGCUGCUGAUACUCCAGGAUUGGUGCGGGUUAGAGCCUCAGAGGAGGCUGAGGAACCGUUCAAGGUCCUCGCCCAACCCACUGACAUCUCUACAGAAAGAUACAACUCGUUCAAGUCGAGCAUCUGCAACUUAUUUAGAUCGGAGCGGUCGGAGACUCUGCGCUACCAGCGAGCCAUGACUCUGAUGAAUGAGCAGCAGCAACACCAGCAGCGUCCCUUCACUGAGGGAGAAGCGGCUGCAGCCGUCCAGCAGAUGAGCGACGCCAACCAAGUCAUGUACGCCGACGGCAUGCUCUUCCUCAUCUAAUCCUCAUUUUAUAAUUUGCUAUUAAUGCUAAACAUCGACAAUAUUCAAUCAUUUGUCAUUGUACCUUUAAAAAAUCGACAAUAUUAAUUUGAUCUUUUGUCAUUGUAAAUUGAAAAUAAGCGACAAUAUUUGAUCAUUUGUCACUGUAACCUGAUAAUAAUCGGCAAUAUUCAAUCAUUUUUCAUUGUAACUUGAUUAUAUUUCUACUCCCUGAUGAAUAAUAAAAAUGAAGACUAUGUAAUAAUUUCCAACAACUAAAGUUAUCUAUUUUAUUCGUAUACAUAUGAGUGAUGUACAAACAGUACAAACAACAUGGUGUAAUGUGUGACUGUUUAUUUACUCUUCCUCAUCUAAUUGCUUUCUUAUCCUCACUUUAUCAUGGUUAUCAUUUUGAUUAAUGCUAAUAAUCGACAAUAUUCAAUCAUUUGUCAGUGUAACUUGAUUAUAUUUUUACUCCCUGAUGAAUAAUAUGAACACUAUACAAUAAUUUCCAACAAGUAAAGAUAUCUAUUUCAUCCGUAUAUGAGUAAUGUACAACAGUAAAAACAACAUGUUGUAAUGUGUAGCUGUAGACUUACAGAUUAUUGUUCUCUUCUUAGAAUGCUACAAAUAAGUAUUUUACUAUGUACCACAAGUAAAUAUUAUUUCUAGAUAAAGAAUGAAUUUCAUUGUUCUCAUAUAUUUAUACUGUUCAGAUGAGUGACGCAAACCAAGUCAUGUAUGCGGAUGGCCUUCUAUUCCACAUUAAUUCUAUUCAAAUCCUCACUUAAUGAUGGCUAUGCUUUGUUAUGAAUGCUAAAAAUAGAUAAACUUACUGUACUUUACAGAUCAGUGACGUCAAUCUACUCAUGUACACCAGUGCUCUUAUAUAAUUCAAUACUUGAUCUUAUUGUCAUUUAUUUUUACCUCCUGAUGGUUGUUCUCUAUUAUGAAUGCUAAAGAUAGACGCUAUGUGUUAUAAUUUCUAACAGUGAAAUUUUAUUAAAUUUUUACUACAGUAAGAAA